AGAGUGAGCACGUUCGAACACAUCGCGAGUUUUGGAAAUGGAAGUUAAUAUAAACAAUUAGUGGAGAGUGUGUUCAGGUGAUUCAUCGCUAAUAUAAACAGUUGUGUGAUUAUGGUGAUGGAGGAAAUUAAAAUUGUUUCAACGAAGGCGACACUACCCAAGUCAAAUGGAUCGUUGCCGAGUUCAAACAAAAAAUCAUCAAUAUCUUUGCAAAAAAACGAUCUGUUAAAACAGAUACACCACAAUAAGGCGCGGCAAAUCGAUCACCAUGCGGCCGUUACGCUGCCGUUGUCGUCGAAUAUGGAUUCAAGAGAAGAACGGAAGGCGAAUGGUAGAAUCAUAGCGGUGUGCGUUGCUGCGUUUUUGAUAUUCCUUGGACUAUAUCAUGCAUGGAUAAGAAGGACAGCUGUUUUAGCUGGAAUCAUCGUGCCGGUAUUGAUAAUGCUCUUCUAUACUACAUGGGUAUUAUAUUCAGCGAAAAGGCACAGACAGAAAAUGUUAUUGUUGCAGAACGCUACCUCUUUCAAUUCUGUGAAUAAUUUGGACAAACACUCAGUCUCUCAGAAUGAAGUAGCAAAGAAUAGGAAACCUAUUACCUCAAAGCAUUCUUCUCCGAAACCACAAGAACAUAUACAUAAUUCAACAACAAGAUAUAAACGCGUUGAUGAAACCUCUGUAAAAAGUUCUCCAAAAUAUGACACUAUUCGGAAACAUGAAAACUACAGUGAAAAAACACUACCAGUUGCUCCCAAAAUGACAGCAAAACCGUUUCCAAAACGGAAAGUAACGCGAACUCCUUUGAAUAUGGAAGAUCAUUCUCUGCCACGACGAUUUUCUUCAAAUCAACUCAUGUUAAAUGGGACGCUGAAAUACGACAAAUAUGGUAUUCACCCUGCUAGACAUAAUAAAAGAGCUAAAACUAACAUGAACAAUACUGUGGAAAUCGUAUAACUA